AUGGUUUCCGCCUCCAAGGCCGCCCGUAUGGCCAAGCGUGCCGACGACAAGAAGGCCAAGAAGGGCUCCAAUGAGGAGGCCACCGAAGAGGCCGGCGCAGAGCAGCCCGCAACCAACGAUGAGAAGAUGAAGGAAGUCGAGAAGCUCACAUCCCAGAUGGAUAAGCACGGUCUGUCUGAUCGUGUCACCACCGGUGUGCUCUCCUCCAUUCCUUCCUCCCGCGAUGUUAAGAUCACCUCUGCCUCUCUGGUGUUCCACGGCAAGGUCCUCAUCACCGACUCCACCCUCGAGCUCAACUUCGGCCGUCGUUACGGUCUGCUCGGUGAGAACGGUUGCGGAAAGUCCACCCUUCUCAAGUCCAUCGCUACCCGCGAGUACCCCAUCCCCGAGCACAUCGAUAUCUACCUUCUGAACGAGGGUGCUCCUCCCAGUGAAUACGGUGCCCUGGAGUGGGUUGUUCGUGAGGCUCAAAACCAGCUGGACAGCAUGGAGAAGCGUGCCGAGGAGAUUCUCGAGCACGAUGGCCCCGAGAGCCCUAUCCUCGAGGAUCUGUACGACCGUAUGGACAAGAUGGACCCCUCCACCUUCCACACCCGUGCUUCCCUGAUCCUGACUGGUCUGGGUUUCAACAAGGUCACCAUUAACAAGAAGACCAAGGAUAUGUCCGGUGGAUGGCGUAUGCGUGUUGCCCUCGCCAAGGCUCUGUUCGUCAAGCCUUCGCUGCUUCUGCUCGAUGACCCCACUGCCCAUUUGGAUCUCGAGGCCUGUGUGUGGCUGGAGGAGUACAUGAAGAAGUGGGAGCGUACCCUGAUUCUGGUUUCCCACUCCAUGGAUUUCCUGAACGGUGUCUGCACCACCAUGCUGGACAUGCGCGGCCAGAAGCUCCUUUACUAUGGUGGUAACUACGACUCUUACCACAAGACCCGUAGUGAGCAGGAGACCAACCAAAUGAAGGCCUACGCCAAGCAACAGGAGGAAAUCACCCACAUCAAGAAGUUCAUUGCCUCCGCUGGUACCUACGCCAACUUGGUCCGUCAGGCCAAGUCCCGCCAAAAGAUUCUCGACAAGAUGGAGGCCGACGGUUUCAUCCAGCCCGUCGUCUCCGACCGUGUCUUCACUUUCCGCUUCGCUGAUGUCGAGAAGCUGCCUCCUCCUGUCCUGUCCUUCGACGACGUCAGCUUCUCCUACUCUGGUGAGUGGGCCGACACUCUGUACGAGCACCUCGACUUGGGUGUCGACAUGGACUCCCGUACCGCCUUGGUCGGCCCCAACGGUGUCGGAAAGUCCACCUUGCUCCGUCUCAUGACUGGCAAGCUGAGCCCCAUCGGUGGCCGUGUCUCCCGUCACACCCACUUGAAGCUCGGUGUUUACAGCCAGCACUCCGCCGAGCAGCUCGACCUGACCAAGUCCUCGCUCGAGUUCGUCCGUGACAAGUUCCCCGAGAAGUCCCAGGACUACCAGUACUGGCGCCAGCAGCUGGGCCGCUACGGUCUCAGCGGUGAGUCCCAGACCGCCAUCAUGGGUACUCUGUCCGAGGGCCAGAAGUCCCGUAUCGUCUUCGCCCUGCUGGCCAUCGAGUCUCCCAACAUGAUUCUGCUCGACGAGCCUACCAACGGUCUCGAUAUCCCCACUAUUGACUCCCUGGCCGAUGCCAUCAACGCCUACGCGGGUGGUGUUGUCGUCGUUUCUCACGAUUUCCGUCUCCUCGACAAGAUCGCUAAGGACAUCAUGGUCUGCGAGCACAAGACUGUCCGUCGCUGGGAUGGCACCAUCGGCGCUUACAAGAACCACCUGCGCAAGAAGAUGCUGGAUGCCGGUGCCGUCUAA